UCUGAGAAUUGCGAGGGAAACCAGACAAGCUUCAAAGUUUCAGGAGAUAUCUUCCAAAGAUUUGUAGACAAUGCAGAAUUUGAUGCUAAAGAAGCAUGAAUCUUCAUGUGGGGAGGUCAAAAAGAUUAUGAUACAUUGAUGAAAGCCGCUGAUGUGCUAUUUAAUGACCCUGUAGACUUGAACACCCCCUACAGGACUGAUUUCACAAGAGAAGAAACUUUUGAGUAUGGAUUCAAAAAGUUGAGGAGAUUAGUCGAUUUAGGAAAAGAGAAGAAAGUUCCUGUGAUUAAUAAUAUAUCUUACCCUAUAUUCACAUUCGCUAUUGGUGGACUCGUCCAGUCCAGUGCUCACCACGGAAUGUUUGAGAGUGUUCUGAGGAACUUGGGCGACGAGUACCAAAGCACAGAAUUAGUGAAAAAAUGAAUUACAUAUGAGAUUUUUGGAUGCUAUGCACAAACCGAAAUCGCUCAUGGAUCCGAUGUUAGAGGUUUGCAAACUACUGCUACUUAUGACCAUGACCAAAAAUGCUUUAUUAUCAACACUCCUACCAUGAAAGAUGCUAAGUUCUGGCCAGGAGAGCUUGGUAAAGCAGCAAACUACGCUGUAUUCCAAGCUAAGACUAUAGUCAAAGGCAAGAACGUUGGAGUUCAAACCUUUGUAUGCCAAAUCAGAGAUAUGGAUAGUCAUAGUCCUCUUAGAGGUGUUGAGAUUGGCGAUAUCGGUCCUAAAUAUGGAUUCGCAUCGAAAGACAAUGGAUACAUGUAUUUUGAUAACUUUAAGAUCCCAAAGUCUGCCCUCCUUUCAAGAUAUGUAGGCAUCACUGAUGAGGGUGAUUUUAUUCAAAAAGGAGACCCAAGAGUUGCCUAUUCAACAAUGAUGCUUAUUAGGAUCCAGCUUGUUGAAGCAACUCCCGCUUAUAUGCAUAUGGCUUUGCUUCUGUCUUCCAGAUACUGCUAUAACCGUACCCAAUUUAAGACACUGCCAGGAUCAACUGAAGAAAGAAGAAUUAUUGAUUACCAGGCAUCUAUGGCUAAACUGGCACCAUGCUUGGCAUUUUCCUUUAUCUCUAAAUUCACUGCUUACAAGGUAAAUGACAUGUACAAAAGAAUGCAGGAAGAGAUUAACACCAAAAAGGAAUUCGGGCUAAUGAAAGCUCUUCAUUCCGUCCUUUGUGCCCUGAAAGCCUAUUACAUGGAGGAAUCUGUCUAUUACAUCAAGGAGCUAAGAGAGCUAAUGGGUGGACAUGGAUAUCUCCAGGUCAACGGAAUCACUGAGCUUUUAGAAUCUGUAUCUCCAAACGUUACACUUGAGGGAGAUGGAUGCGUCAUGCAUCAACAAACUGCUAGAGAUAUAUUCAAAAACUUCCAAAAAGCUUUCAUGGAUGAUGGGCCUCUGUUAGAAGGAUAUUCUUACCUCAAAGACAGUUUUGAGUAUAUGGACAAGAAGAUCACCGGAGACAUCAAGGAUCUCUCCACUCUUAUGGAAAUCCUAAAAGCUAAUGCUUUUAUACAAGCAGCAAAAGUUGCUGAGAAGCUAGGAAAAUCAACUGAGGAAUCUUUUGACUCCAAAUGGAACAAGACUCAUCUCUCAGAGAUUGUUAAGACUUCACUUCUUCAUGCAAUUUACACUUCUGCUGUGAACUGCUAUGAAGGACUAAACUUAUAUGGAUUUAGCCCAAAGCUUAGAGGAGUAAUGGAGAUUUGCUUAAGACUUUAUAUCACUACUAACAUAAUCAGAUAUGGAGAUGCAGCUUAUCUCCAUGGAACCAUUUCUGCUGACCAAUUAAUGCAAGCGAAGGACUAUCACUCAGAACUCAUCGAGAACCUAAAGCCACAUAUGACAGCGUUGAUUGAAUGUGUCACUCCUGUUAGGAACUCUAUUCCAGCUCUUGUAUCCCAAGUCGAUGGGAAUAUGUACGAUAAACUUUAUGAAAAUGCUGCUACUUCAAGACUCAACAGAAGAGAGGGUAUUGUUUCAAUCAAGGAAGACCUGGUGCCUCUCAGUGAGAAGUUAUCAAAGCUUCAUGGGGUAGAGUAUAUGUCUCAUUCUCCAACUGCAAGCCCAUCAGCUAAGAUUUAG